UCCGACGGCAACUCCAGUCGUGGGAUGCAGGUUUGUGUGUGGAUUUUUAUUCUAGCACAAAUAAAGCUUCUCCUUCCUCCCUAAUCUAGCCGGCCAAAGAACAGAUCCCUACCGCGGCUCCUCCUCAUCCGUCCUCUUCCUCCUGUUUAAUCCAUCCUCUUCCUCCUAUAUAAUUUCUUGUCUUCAGCACGAAAUCACAGGGGCGUGCGGCAGCAAUCGCCCUUGCCACGGUCGAGGAAGAGGAACGGAGCCAUGAAUAUGGCUGAAACGCGGACAGACUUCGUGGCCUGAGGUGGAGCACGACCUGUCGUAGGUAGGAAGGAGCUGGGGGCGGGGUACCUCGUGGGCUGGAUGGCCGCUCUCGCGUCCUGACCUUUACCCCCGCCGAGAGGUGCCGGCAGGCCGGCGAACCCGCGCCGGCAUGGCGGCUACGGAGGGAGCAAUGCGGAUGGGCAAGUACGAGAUGGGGCGGACGCUGGGGGAGGGGCACUUCGGCAAGGUGAGGCUGGCGCGGCACGCCGACACGGGCCGGCCCUUCGCCAUCAAGAUCCUCGAUCGCGAGCACAUCCUCGCCAUGAAGAUCGACGAGCAGAUAAAGACGGAGAUCGCGACGCUGAAGCUGCUCAAGCACCCCAACGUCGUCCACCUGUACGAGGGUAUCUCGGCCAAAUUUUAUGUGUUGGUAACAAGUGCGGAGAGCAAAUGUUGUACCAGGUUUUCUCGGCCUAAUUUGAUGUUUUCUUAACAAGUCCGGACUGCAAAUGUCUUUGUUUCUUUUCAAACAUGACUACACAUAUCUCAGUAGAUGGUAUAGUUUUGAUGAAUAAUGCAUUGUUGGUUGCUU